AAAAAGAAAAAGAGAAAAGUUCAAAUAGCUUGCGUUUAUUGUAGAAGAUCUCAUAUGAUAUGUGAUGAAAAUAGACCAUGUGCUAGAUGUAUUAAAAGAAACAUUGGGCAUUUAUGUCAUGACGAACCAAUAAAUUCCAGGCAAAGAAAAUUUAUUAAUCAACAACAACAACAACAACAACAACAACAACAACAGCAGCAGCAGCAGCAGCAGCAGCAGCAGCAGCAGCCAAACCAACGAAUGGAGGUUUUGAAUUCAAUACCAAUGAAUUUAAAUUCUCAGUCACAAGCAAUUUCAAGAUCUCAGAAAAGCUUAUUGGAUUUAAAUGAACCCUUUUUUUAUUCAGAACACGCUAAUUCCGAGUUUUCAUCUAUUAAUGAGUUUUUUAAAAUGAUUGAUGAUCCUGAAAUCGUUAAUGACGUUAAUGAAAAUUUAAAUAAUAACCAUCCAAUUGGUGGGUAUAGUGAUUUGGUUGGAGAACAAAAUGGUGGAGCUAUGGGAACUUUGGUAAAUGAAAACCGGUUAUAUGAACCAAAUAAUUUUGGAUUUUUGGGCCAAAGAAAUGACAAUAACAAUAACAACCGCAAUAAUAACAGUAAAAACAAUUUGCAGCUUGCACCAUUUGAUAAUCAAGGAUAUAACGAGAGUAAUGAAAAGGAUGAUACAUUUGCUCAGCCAUUAAAGAGCUAUAUUAAGAUGGAUAGGAAGAACGAAGACAACACAGAGGGAAGUAGUAAUAAAUUAUCGCCGGUUCAAAUCUCAGAGUCUGCCAAAGCCAAAUUUUUCCUAACAGCAGCGGACCCAUCUAUCGAAGUAUCACCAGAAGAACGAUUAAAACAGGUGAUAAAUGCCAAACUAGAAGCCGGAUUGCUCCAGCCCUACAACUACGCGAGAGGCUACUCCAGAUUACAGGGGUAUAUGGACAACUACAUGAACCAGUCCUCCAGGCAGCGGAUCUUGAAGCCGUUGUCGAUUUUUCGACCGGCGUUUCGGGCGAUUGCAAGGACGCUCAAGGACGUUGAUUUGGUUUUGGUGGAGGAGGCGUUUGAGAGAAUGUUGCUAGAUUACGACCGGGUGUUCACGUCGAUGGCCAUUCCAGCGUGUCUUUGGAGAAGAACCGGGGAAAUUUACAGGGGAAACAAGGAGUUUGCGAGCUUGGUGGAGGUGAGCAGCGAGGACUUGAAGAACGGCAAGCUCGCCAUCUACGAGUUGAUGAGCGAGGAAAGCGCCGUCAACUUCUGGGAGAAGUACGGCGCCAUUGCGUUCGACAAGGGCCAGAAGGCCGUAUUGACCAGCUGCAACCUCCGCACAAAAGACGGCCGCAGACGGAAGCCGUGCUGCUUCAGCUUCACCAUCAGGAGAGACCGCUACAACAUCCCCAGCUGCAUCGUCGGCAACUUCAUUCCCAUC